AUGAUCGCCCAGAAAUCGGACUACAUUUUGGCAAAGAAGCCCAUUGGGCACGGGACUUACUCCACCGUGUUUGAAUGCAAAAACAAAUACACCGGCAGCCAUUACGCGGCAAAACGAUAUACCAAGAAUCUCGUGUACGGGUUGCAGACCCUCUUGCAGAGCGAGCUCGAGAUUCUCAAAAGGGUGUCGUCAACUCAUGCGCACAUUCUAUCGCUAGUCGACCAGUUUGAGACGGAAAACUGCUUUUACCUAGUGACCGAUCUUGCCGAAGGAGGAGAUCUCUUUGACAGGAUUGUGCACCAUUCAUCGAAUGGGAAGUUGCUGGAACACGCGGCCAAGUCUAUCACCUGGCAGUUGGUCUCCGCCACCGAGUUUUUGCACCGAAACAACAUCAUCCAUCGCGACAUCAAAGCCGAAAACAUCUUUUUCCAAAGCAUGCAAUCAAAUACUCUUCUCUUGGGCGACUUUGGGCUUGCCAAGGUGUUGCAGGAAAAAGAGAAAUUGUAUGACGUUUCCGGGACUUUGAGUUACAUGGCCCCGGAGAUGUUUGAUCGAGAAGUCGGCUAUUCCUUUCCCAUCGAUGUCUGGGCCAUAGGCGUGUGCUUGUAUUUCAUGCUCGAGGGAUACUUGCCGUUUGACUGCGACAGCGACGAGGAGACAAAAGACGCUAUAAUCAACAAAAAGUACUUUUCAGACGCGUGGGAAACCGGUGCCGCUGCAUCAUCAAGCGCGGCCCAGGAUCUCAUUCUCCAAUGUUUAAAAACAAGUGGGAGCGAGCGGCCAAUUUCGCUAUGUUUGAAAACCCACCACUUUCUCCUCGACGCGGGGGACAUGGCAACUCCACCCACCCAAGCCACGAUUGACGUGGACGAGCUCAACCAGAUUAAAACCUUGCUUCUAAACUCUACACCAUCGACUCAUGGAGCCAACCACCAUAACCAAACUAUUCCAAGGACCCUCAGAUCCCCCUUGCACAAGACGCAGUUGUAUGGCGACUACUGCGCGUCCCCCGAGUGUCGCACUGAGAUUAGCACGCCGCUUCUUUCGAGGCAGGCAUCCCACGAGUCAUCCUUGUUGGAUCUUCAUUUGAAAGUAGAACGACCCCCUGGGUUGAUGCACAACGAUAGCCAACAGAACGUAGCUACAAUCGUCUAA